GCAGCUGGAAAUGUCCAAUCACUUCAAGUUUCCAUUCACUCUUCAACUCUACAAUAAUUUCUUCGGUUACAGGAAUGAUACAGGUGUUUGGGACUGAAUGCGACUCAGACUUGACCAGGGGAAAUGAAUGUAAAAGGCAGCGGGACUCUUCUGAGGAUUCUUAUGAUGUUUCUCUUCUUCUCACGAAGUUUGCAGUGGACUUACAGGGAGCAUCAGGAUGAUGCGAACAGUGAAGUCUGUUCUGAGAAUAAGAUUGCCACAACCAAAUAUCCUUGCUUAAAAACAACUGGAGAGGUGACAACUUGUUACAGGAAGAAAUGUUGUGAGGGGUUUAAGUUUGUGCUGGGCCAGUGCAUUCCUGAAGAUUAUGACGUGUGCGAUGGCGCCCCCUGUGAACAACAGUGCACGGACCACUUUGGACGGGUCGUGUGCACCUGUUACCCUGGUUACCGCUACGACCGGGAGCGACACCGGAACAGAGAGAAGCCAUACUGCCUGGACAUGGAUGAGUGUGCCAACAACAACGUGACGGUGUGCUCUCAGGUCUGUCUAAACUCUCCAGGGAGCUACAGGUGUGAGUGUGAGAAAGGUUUUUUCCUGGAAGAGGAUGGGAAGACCUGCACCAAGGGGGAGAGAGCAGCUCGGCCGUUUGAGACGUCAGACAACGUGAUGAAGGCUGGGGCAUGCUCUGCUACAUGUGAAGACUUCCACCAGAUAAAGACUACUGUCUUUCAGCUCAAACAAAAGAUUGCCAUGUUGCCCAGCAACGCUGAUGUUACCAAGCAGAUGACCAGUGAGAAGAUGCUGAUGUCACACUCCUUCCUGCCCGGGCCUCCUGGUCUGCCCGGGCCUCCAGGAGAUCCAGGGCCAAUUGGUCCCCCUGGCCACACAGGACUGUUGGGGCCCCCCGGCCCUCCUGGACCCAGGGGACUGAUGGGCCCCGUUGGGCCCUCGCCUGACCUGUCCUUCAUGAAGCAGGGCCGACGGGGGCCCAUGGGUCCUGCUGGGGCUCCAGGAAAACAUGGCAUCAAGGGGGAGACGGGGGCUGCUGGACCUUCUGGACCUCCUGGCCCUCCCGGAUCCUUUGACUUCCUGCUGCUGUUGAUGGCUGACAUCCGUAACGAUAUCGUUGAGCUACAGAGCAAGGUGUUCGGCAGACUCAUGCAGUCUCCUGGAGAGGAGUUCCCUAUGGGGGUCCCAGAUACAUGGAGGGACAACCAGUCGCCUGGGAGAGAGGUCCCCAUGGUUGGCCCAGAGAGCAGGAGGGACAACCAGUCACCUGGGAGGGAGGUCCCCAUGGUUGGCCCAGAGAGCUGGAGGGACAACCAGUCGCCUGGGAGGGAGGUCCCCAUGGUUGGCCCAGAGAGCUGGAGGGACAGCCAAUCGCCUGACAACUGGAGGGAGAACCAAGAUAUCCUGGUGGACAUGGGCUCUGGAGAAGACAAACCAAAGGAUUACAAAACACAAAACGUUGCCAAGGGCAACUCUGGAGAAGACUACAAACCACGCAGGAAGGAAGAGGACAGGAACAGGAACAGGAAACCCAUGCGAGCCUCAACAACAGACUCAGGCUUGGAUUGGACGCUUUGAAUUUUAGGCAGAUUUUCAGUGUUUGUUUGUAAAUAUUAAUAUCAAAGUAUUUUUUAUUGAACUGCUUAAAGUCACUCAAAAGUCAAAAUGUAAUUUUUUUCUUUCAUAGAAUCUCUAUUUUUAUAUUAUAAAUAGGAUUGUAAAUGUAUAUUUUAGUACAUUUUUUUUGUAUUAUAGUUAUGGUCUUGAAUGUCUUCUUAGCUCAACAGCAUUUCACUCCUGAUACAUUUAAAUUUGAAUGUCUCAAAUGGUCUAAUUCUUACUUAAACGUAGUUUCCACCCUGUUAUAGACACAUGCACACAUGAGAAUAGUCCAAUUCAUAGUCCAAUUCGUCCUACCCCUAAAUCAUAGAUAGAAUAUGUCAUUCGAUUUCUUUGCUCCUAAUCACCACAGCUUUGUUUGUUCGGUGCCUCAGCAACACCAGCCAAGGAUUGUUUCUGGUUGCUAUGGCUGCUAAGUAAGUGUGUAACACUCCUCCAAAGCCAAGUGGUUGCCAUGGCUGCCGAGCCUCCAGGAGAAUGGUCCUUGACAGAGAGAAGAAGAAAGGUCAUAGAGAGUACCACUGGAGAGGGAUUGAGCAACUUUUCAUGUAAUGGAAUAUUCCAGUGUUUUUAAGUGGCACCAUAUUAUAUUUCAGCAGAUCCAAGUCUAGGCUUAUGUGGUCAAAAGGGGGCAUUUUACAAUUCAAAACAUAAAUCGCACAUGUAAAGAAACUGGAAAAUAAAUGCAGUAAUAACAGAAA